AACAUACGGCAAUAAGUUACAACAAUAUUUGUUGUUUCAGCUGUGUGUGGACCAGUUCCUGAUCCUGGAGACUAUGACUCCCCUGGACUUUAUGGAGUUCAGAGACUACCUCUCUCCUGCUUCAGGAUUCCAAAGUUACCAGUUCAGGCUCCUGGAGAACAAGUUGGGCGUUAAAGGAGAGCUGAGAGUUCGCUACAACCAGGUGAACUACAUGAAAGUGUUUGGUGACGAACCCGACAUAUACAAGGAUAUAAAGGACUCUGAAGAGCAGCCAUCACUACAGAACCUGGUCAACCGCUGGCUGGAACGAACUCCAGGACUGGAAGAACGAGGCUUUGACUUCUGGAAGAAAUACAAGAUGGCUGUCGAUACUAUACUGGAGGAACAACUGCAGGAGGCAAAGGCUGAACAGAGCGAGGCACUCCGAAUAUAUCUGACAGCACAACAGAAGAGACGAAGAGAGCUGUUUGACAGCAUAUUCGACGUGAGAACACACAACGCACUGAUGGCCCGGGGAGAGAGACGCCUGACACACAAGGGUCUACAAGGGGCACUGAUGAUAUCCUUCUACAGGGAGGAACCUCGGUUUAACCAGCCCCACCAGCUGCUGACGCUGUUAAUGGAUGUUGACUCUUUAAUUACUAAAUGGCGGU